AUGUACACCAGCAAACAGCUAAGUUCGGAAAUAGAGACAAAAAUCAGCAUAAUAGAGGCACUCACUGCACAGUACCACACUUUAUCUACUGAGUCUGCACAAGUCGAUACACUCAUGGCAACUGAGCAAAGACAGAUGCCCCGGCACUUCCUUACCCAUAUAACUGAUGCUGCUUUCAACUUCUUCCUGGCCAUUGAAAAGGAAUGUGUGCAGCUUCUCACUCAGCAUAGAUUCGCAACACUGGGUGCAGCAGUACUAAGUGACACCACAACGCAACUGGAAAGGAAUGCCACGUUGUACGAUCUGUGGCUUAAAGCUAUCAUCAGCCCACAUGCCAGCUACGAUGUUGUGGAAACCGAAGAUGCUGACAUAGCAUUGGAAGUCGGCAGACACCUAAACUCUAUUGUUCAAUUAGUCUGCGCCAAACCUGAAGAAGUCUUCAAGGAGUUACUGCAUCGCUACAUGCAAAAUGAUGCACCAGUCGAUUCAACGCAUUUAGAGCUCUCAUCCGGUAGAGAUGCUACAUACACCAUUCUAAACGUGUCUGCGAUCGCGAGUACCAGCAAUGCAGCAGUUGAGAAUCCACCUGCGUCCGAACUUAUUGCCAGCUUCGAAGUAACACGAAGAGACGUCGAAGACGAACCAGAAGUAGUUAAAGAUUCUCUACAAGAGCCUGAAUUGCUAGACUCAGUUUUGCCAGACACGGCGGUUACAUUUACUUUAGUGGAGCAGGGCUCCCAGCGCGCCAGAGCUAAGCUUGUGAGCAGCGACGGAUACGAGUACACCAGAAAGGUAUCCAAGGGCAACUUCACUUACUGGCGGUGUUCCAAGCGAUCAAACGCUAUCAACUGUCCUGCUACGGUGUCACAGAAAGGUGCCCAGUUCAAGAAGAAUACAAGAGACCACAUUCACCAGGCAGACAAGGCCGCCCUAAACAAAGUAGUAAUAAAGAAGGAGGUACGCACAACAUGCUCUGUAAACGUUCAUUAUGAUGCUUGAUGCAAUUGUGUGUAAUCUUCUUGUCAAUAUCAAGGACAAUCAGU